UUGAGGUUAAAAUCGCGUGACACGUAGUGACAGAGAGCUGACCUAGGUUUCUCCAGCGCUAUGGCGAGCUCGAGGUCGGUUCUUCUCAUCUGCGGCGAUUUCGUGGAAGACUAUGAGGUUAUGGUUCCAUUUCAAGCCUUGCAAGCUUAUGGUGUCAAAGUCGAUGCUGUUUGUCCGGGAAAAAAGGCUGGCGAGAGCUGCGCGACCGCAAUCCACGACUUUGUUGGUUUCCAGACUUAUGCCGAGCUUCGUGGUCACAACUUUAGUCUCAACAAGGACUUUCAUGGCGUGAAAGCUGAGAGCUAUGACGCUCUCGUUAUUCCAGGUGGUCGUGCUCCGGAGUACUUGUCUCUUGACGAUGAAGUUCUCGAGAUUGUCAAGUCGUUCCACAAGUCUAGGAAGCCGAUAGCAUCGAUUUGCCACGGACAGCUGAUCCUCGCCGCGGCAGGAAUUCUGCAAGGCAAGAAGUCGACGGCGUAUCCGGCAGUCAAGCCUGUUAUUGUCAGUGCUGGUGGAGUUUGGCAAGAGCCGAAUCCAAUCUCCAAGUGCUUCCGAGAUGGUAGCCUCAUCACCGGUGCUGCAUAUCCUGGCCACCCGGAGUUUAUUGGUCUUUUGCUCGACUCUCUUGGUGCAACCAUCGAAAACGGCAAGAAGAAAGUAUUAAUGCUAUGCGGGGAUUUCAUGGAGGACUACGAAGCAAUGGUGCCAUGCCAGACGCUGCAAGCUGUUGGCUACACCGUCGACUCGGUGUGCCCGGGUAAAAAGGCCGGCGAGACCGUGGCCACCGCAGUUCAUGACUUUGAGGGAGCGCAAACUUACAGCGAGAAGCCUGGUCACAACUUCCCGCUGACCGCCACCUUCGACGCUGUCAAAGCUGAGGGGUACGACGCGCUUGUGAUCCCCGGAGGCCGCGCUCCAGAGUACUUGUCUCUCAACGACAAAGUCCUGAGGCUUGUCCGGGAGUUUGACACGAGCAGCAAGCCCAUCGCGUCGAUUUGUCACGGGCAGCAAAUCCUCGCUGCAGCAGGAGUUUUACAGGGAAAGAAAUGCACGGCUUAUCCAGCAGUGAAGCCUCAAGUUGUGCUAAGUGGUGCUGAGUGGAUCGAGCCGGAUCCAAUAACGAUGGCUCACACACAUGGCAAACUUGUCACCGCUGCUGCCUGGCCCGCGCAUCCAGAGUUCGUAGCUCAGUUGCUCUCUCUUCUCGGGACCACUAUCCACUUCAAGUAAAAGCAAGUAAGCCGAGCUUUUCCUGUUUUCCUUGAGACAGAGUUGGAGAUUUCGUCUACCUCUCCGUGUUGAUCGGGUCAGUGUUUGAUCCAAGUCCGAUCCGGUCUGGAAGAAUGACAGUCCAUUUGGUGUUUGAUCUUCUCGUCGUCUAAGUCUUUCCUGGGCCUUGUUGACGCAGGAGUAAAGCUUUAGCGAAAGAAUGAUGGAAUGAUAUUUAUAUCCUUGUGGGAACAUUAUAGUUCUGGAACUAGAAGACACGAUUUGGAAACGUU